ACUACUACUCAAUAAUUAGUCGGUUGAUUGCCCUCAACUAUUACACGUACCAGUUGUUAUUAAGAAGUGUGGUGUGGGCUGGUUGCACAUGUUUGAACCGCAAACACCAAAGUCUCUGACUCUCUGGCCCAUAUGCCACGACAGGCUCAAUGGCCACGUGUGCAUCAUCUGAAGGAUAUGACUUCCUACUCGAAUCGAAUCGUAGUUCUAUCUAGUUUUGUCGUCAGAGUUCAAUCCCUCACUGCUAUCUCUGUCAUGGAUUCAAACAACAAACUGGAGCUAAUAAACAUCGCGAUCCAGAGAGUUAUAGAGGAGAAGAAGAUCAAACAAGUCAGCAGUACCAGCGAUGGCCUCGUGGAAGACGACCUCGAUGAUCACCUUCUCCUCUCCGGAUUGCUCUCUCAGUUGGAAUCAUUGAAAGGAGAUAAUGCACUUAAGGAACCUGAAGCUUUAACUGAGGUGGAGGUGGAGGAGGAGAAUUCUUCUCCAGCGGUUGGUAUUGUGGACGUAAAUAUGGGGAAUGCCCAUCAGGUCGACUGUGGUGGCGUUGAGAUCGGGGCAGAAGAGAUAGUGAAGGAGCUGAAGAAGGUGAAGAAGCAGAAUUUUGUAACUCAUUGCCUUCUUUCGGCCAUGAUUAUACUGACCCUUGCUUGGCAAUUAUCCGAAGUCACCUUAAUUUUGAAAGUCAAAGAGGGACUAAGCAACCCAUUUAGAUCCGUUGGAAGUUUACUCGCAGGGAUGCUGAAAGGCCCUGCUACAAAUGGUCAAGACACAGAAAAACAGUCCUCGCCGGCCAAAAAACUACCUAGUGAAGCCCCUUCACUCUCACCACUCAAAAUUCCAGAAAUCCCCCUUGUGGAUUUACCAGAUUUAGGUUUAAAUGGUUCAAAAAAUAAAUAAAAGGUUGAUUUGAUAUGAAGGGAAAAGGGUUAAGGUCUUGAGCGCAAUACUGCCUGGUUGAUCUGCAAUGGUUGAAGUAUGAACAAAGCUUCUAGAGCAAACCAUAUCCACUCUAAUUUCAUUUGUUGAGAUGUUUGAAAAACGAGAUAUGUAAGUGAUGUCUUUGCUUGUGCUGUAACUGUUAAUAUGUUGAUUCGACUAUGAAAGUUUUGUCUUAGAAUUCAAAAGCGUUUCUUGAGCUGCUUCUCGCCGUGCCACUAUGGAAGACCUGUAAGGCCAGGUCACGGCGGGAACGGGAAAGAGUCCUGAAAAACACAAGAUACGGACAUAAUGAAGUAGUCAAGAGUAAGAUUCAUUUGUUUGAACUGAAGAUUUUUUUGAAAUUUCUGAAAUCUUUUUUAGA